CAGGGCCGCCAUGUCAAGACAGGGCAGCUGGCAGCCAUCAAAGUCAUGGACGUCACCGAGGACGAGGAGGAGGAAAUCAAGCAGGAGAUCAACAUGCUGAAGAAAUACUCCCACCACCGCAACAUCGCCACCUACUACGGCGCCUUCAUCAAGAAGAGCCCGCCCGGGAACGAUGACCAGCUGUGGCUGGUGAUGGAGUUCUGCGGGGCCGGUUCCGUCACGGACCUGGUCAAGAACACCAAGGGCAACGCGCUGAAGGAGGACUGCAUCGCGUAUAUCUGCCGGGAGAUCCUGCGGGGCCUGGCUCACCUCCACGCCCACAAGGUGAUCCACCGGGACAUCAAAGGGCAGAACGUGCUGCUCACAGAGAACGCCGAGGUGAAGCUGG